AAAAAAAAAAGCUCCCAAGUUAAUUCUAACAAACAACCAGAGUGAGGAACCACUAGGUUAUAGGCAACAUUGCUGUAUAACCGUCAAAAGUGGACCCACUUAUCUCUCAAAAGCGUGCCUGACCAACUGUGGUGAUCCUCUCUUUAUCAAGAGGGCUAUCAAAAUGGCGCUUGCCUUAUUGCUAUGAUCUUUUCCCAGUUCCCUUAUUCCUCCACAGUGAGGACCAAACUUUCUCCUUUCCUGAUAUGACUUGGCAACCCCUCUCCCAAAGUCAGUGAAUUGGCCUCAUUUUGACUGGAGAGAUCAUUUGGACUGUCCCAGAGGAAGCUGGCUUGAGACUCGACAGGGCUCCAGUCUCUCAGGCUGGGAUGCUUACCCCCAUGAGUGGUGGUCCAGGGGCUAGCUGAGAGUGCGUGUACACUUCAGCUUCAGCUGUGGGGUACUGAGCUUGGAGAUCAGGUGCCUCUGGGACUGUUCCCUUUGCAGGCCACCGGGAUCAUGUGGUACGUCAGCACUAGGGGGAUGGCCCCACGGGUCGACUUUGAGGGGGCCCUCUUCUCUGGCUAUGCUCCCGAUGGCGGUCUCUUCAUGCCCGAGGAGCUCCCACAGUUGGGCAUAGAGACCCUGCGUCAGUGGAGUUCACUCUCCUACCCCAGUCUGGUAAAGGAGCUGUGCACCCUCUUCAUUGGUCCUGAGCUCAUUCCACGAGAUGUCUUAAACGAUCUGAUCGACCAAGCCUUCCACAGAUUCCGCCACAGAGAGGUGGUCCAUCUGUCCAGACUGAGGAACGGGCUGAACGUGUUGGAGCUGUGGCAUGGGGUCACAUACGCAUUUAAGGACUUGGCCCUGGGCUGCACAGCACAGUUCCUGCAGUACUUUCUGGAGAAGAAGGAGAAGCACGUCACCGUGGUUGUAGGAACAUCUGGGGACACAGGGAGUGCUGCCAUUGAGAGUGUUCAAGGAGCAAAGAACGUGGACAUCAUCGUUCUGCUGCCCCAGGGUCACUGCACGAAGAUCCAAGAGCUCCAGAUGACCACGGUGCUGAGGGAGAAUGUCCAUGUGUUCGGAGUGGAAGGCAACAGCGAUGAGCUGGAUGAGCCAAUCAAGGCUGUGUUUGCUGACGUGGCUUUUGUCAAGAAGCACAAUCUGAUGAGUCUGAAUUCCAUCAACUGGUCCCGGGUCCUCGUGCAAAUGGCCCACCACUUCUUCGCUUAUUUCCAGUGCGCGCCAUCCUUGGACACCCACCCCCUGCCCCCUGUGGAGGUGGUUGUGCCAACAGGGGCUGCCGGUAAUCUAGCAGCUGGGUGCCUUGCUCAGAAGAUGGGCCUGCCCAUCCGCCUGGUCGUGGCUGUGAACUGCAAUGACAUCAUCCACAGGACCGUGCAGCGGGGAGACUUCUCUCUGUCCAAGGCCGUCAAACUGACCUUGGCUUCAGCCAUGGACAUUCAGGUGCCCUACAACAUGGAGAGGAUUUUCUGGCUGCUGUCGGGCUCUGACAGCCAGGGGACGAGAGCCCUCAUGGAGCAGUUUGAAAGGACCCAAAGCACGAGUCUACCCGAGGAACUGCAUGACAAGCUUUCAGAGGCCAUGACGUCUGAGUCCGUGUCGGAUGAGGCCAUCACCCGGACCAUGAGUCGAUGUUGGGAAGAGAACCAGUACCUGCUGUGCCCUCACUCGGCUGUGGCUGUGAGUUACCAUUACCAGCAGACCGACCGGCAGCAGCCCAGCCUUCCCCGGUGCUGUCUGGCCCCUGCUUCUGCAGCCAAGUUCCCAGAAGCUGUCCUGGCUGCCGGGCUGACCCCAGAGACCCCCGCGGAGAUCCUGGCCCUGGAGUUCAAGGAGACGCGCUGCACACCCAUGCGAAAGGGUGACGACUGGACGCUGAUGCUUCGGAACAUCAUUGAGGGCCUGAGCUGGCAGCAGAGGGCUCAUUCCUGAGUGCUCCGGCAUAGCCAGGCUGGCUUUGACUUGAGUCAAGUUGCUCUGUUGCUCUUGUAUCAGGGUCCCCUGUUCUGUGAACCCAGGGCGGGUGUCACAGCACCACUAAAUAAAGUCGAAGUGCCUUCAU